AUGGGAGGACAUAAAACUCAACGGAAGUCUUCUUUAUCUUUUUUUGGCAUCUUCAAAAUUAAGAAGAGUCAUAGAGGUGGUGGGAACGAUACAUGGGAUGACUCAAUGAAGGCUUAUAAAGUGUAUCCAAGUGAUCAAGACAAAGCAGGACGUUGGGCUGAUCCUCGUAUUGACAACAAAGCUUCUGUUUACAUCGACACCAUCACAAACAAAUGGAACCAUGUUGAGGUAUCAGGUGCUCAAAAUGUGAGCUCUGAAAGGCCACUUAGGCAAUUCGUUACAGGUAAAGACAAGUCAACAGGUAGAAAUUCAAAGGGUCGUAUCACAAUUUUCCACAUAGGGGGAGGGGCAAAACAGUCACAAAGAACAAUUGACCUAAAAUGCAACACUUCAUCAGUAGGUGUAGUUGAACGAAUCGAAUACGACCCAAAUUACACUUCACGGAUCGCAAUGGUCAGAUGGGUCAAAGGGGUAGCCGUUGACCGCCCUAAAAAAGUCAACUCCCUCCAAAAAAAACUUCACCCCACCCCUAAGAUCCUACCCUCCAUCUCCAUCAAAGGUCAAUUUUCAUUCUCUUCAAUUCCCGGAAUGUUAGAAGACAAAAAGGUGGAAUCUUUAAGGCCUAAAAUAGAUCAUGUAGCGGUUGGACUUUCAAAAGGUAGUAGAACCUUGAGUAGUCAAAGUCAAAGUCAAACGGGGACCCACAUGAGAAAUGUUAAGGAUGUUUUCUUGUUUGCUUUUUCAUCUUCAAAUGGGAAAAAAAGACAUGAUGCUCCUUCUUCGUUUGUGAAAGUGUUGGGUGUUCCAAGAAUGGCGGUGGCAGGGGAAUGAACCAUUGGCAAUCAGGGCAUCCGUUGA